AUGUUUUUAAUCUCCCAAGAUCGCCGUGAAAUCUUCAUCACAGAAGGUGCCAACAGAAGCACAUUCCAUAUCCUCCUCCCGAUUCAUUCAGGAAAGAGUGGCUUAAAGGCUCGGGUCCGCGCGGUUGGCGGGCCUCUGCCCCGUGGUGCGCCCCCAGCCUCCGCGCCUGCUCGGCCUCCGUCUCCGACCCACCUGUCCGGAUGGUUUGGCCGCGUGGUCUGCGACGAAGGCCACGCAGCCAAGACCAUCCGGACGCGGGUUCGCCAGUCAGUCGCGCGUCUGGAGGCUGAGCAUGUGUGGUUCUUCACAGCGACCCCAUUGUACAAUCAAGCCUUCAAUCUCUGCGGGUAUUUGGCCAUCUUCUACUCAGGCCUCCGGCGCGCCGGAGUCAUGCAAGAGGGAGGUGACAACAGCAAGGUCAACUGGUUCCCUGAAUACAAACAACUUGCAGAUCAGGCCAUGCUACCCAGCCGCUCCCCGGACGACGGCGUUGGUAUGUUCACCGAAACCAUAAUCUGGGUGGCGUUAGAGAAGGCAGUGGCGAGUCGACAUGCAGCAAUGAAGACCUUACUCGAUCAUAUGGAAAACAAAGCCGGCAACGGAUGUGUACCCAUCGUCACCCCGCCUCGUCAUUCAUUGCCAUGA